CGCUUCGGUCUCCCAUGGCUCUGAUUUUUCUACUAGUGUUUCGAGAUUAAAAUUGGGGAGUUUUUUUUCGUAACAUGGAAAAGGAGGGAGCCGUGGCUAACAACUGUGUCGUGAUCAGUGGUUUCUAUUGCUGGGGCUGGGAAUUUCUCACCGCUUUGCUCCUCUUCUCGUGCCGAUCUUAUUAAUCGAUCGAUUCUUAAUUAGUUAGUGAAUUGAUUAUCGGCGAUACAUAGAGAUAGAGAUAGAGAUAGAGAUAGAGAUAGAGAUAGAGAUAGAUAGAUACAAAAAGGAGAUGACGCAUAAGGGGAAGGGAUCGGGAUCGGGGUCGGGAGGAUCGGGGCCGGCGCCGUUCCUGAUGAAGACGCACGAGAUGGUGGAGGCGGCGGAGACGGACGACGUCAUAUCGUGGGGGGAGGAGGGGCGGUCGUUCGUCGUCUGGAAGCCCGUCGAGUUCGCCCGCGACCUGCUGCCCCUCCACUUCAAGCACAACAACUUCUCCUCCUUCGUCCGCCAGCUCAACACCUACGGUUUCCGCAAGGUGGUGCCGCACAGGUGGGAGUUCGCGAACGAGAGCUUCCGGCGGGGAGAGCAAGGCCUACUCUCCAGCAUUCGCCGCCGCAAGGCGGCACCCCCGCUGCCCCAAUCUCCGCAGCCCGGAACAUCCGGCUGCAGCGCGCAGUUGCUGCCGCCUCCUCCUCCCCUACUUUUCCCUCCUUCCUCCGUCACCAACUCCGGCGAUGUCCACAGCUCCUCCUCCACCUCCUCCCCUUCUCCGCCGCCGCCGCCAACUCAAAAACUAGCCCAACUGUCUCAUGAGAAUGAGCAGCUCAAGAAGCACAACCAGAUCCUAAGCACCGAGCUCGCGCAGGCGAAGCAGCAAUGCGACGAGCUCCUCGGCUUUCUAUCGAAGUUUGUGGACGUGAGGGGGCUCAACUUCGACCUUUUGAUGCAGGAGAACGCGGCGGCGGAGGAGACAACGAAGGAGAGAGAGGAUGCGGUGGAACGGAAAGAAGAGGCUAAGGAGGGGAAGCUCAAACUCUUCGGGGUGAUUUUGAAAGGUCUUGAGGUGGGGGAGGGCAAUAAGGGAGGGAUGAGGAAGAGAGGCUUGUGCGAGGAAGGCGACGCGUGCGGCGUCGACGAGCGCCGGCCCAUGAAGAUGGGAUUCGGCGCGCCGCCGUGGAUGGGCGUGUCUGCGGCGGCGGCGGCGGUGCAGCAGCGCGGCGGAAAAGUCUGCAACUGAACUGCAUGCAUGGUACGAGGGAUAAAGAAAAUGAAAUUCUAUCAGAUCCGUCUUUUUCAGGCGCAGUUUCUCUCUUAAAAUUCGUGUGAAACGAUCUAACAAUUGAAGAUAACAUAUCCGAAAGGACUGAUCUAAUAGAAAGAUAUUUUACGGUGAAGGUGCAAGGAUCAAAUUUUUAGUAGCUUUAUAGGCCAAAAGGUACGAGAGAUAUUUGUGUCUUGCUUGAAUACAUUUUCUCAAAGAAGUUGUAAAUAAAAGAAGAGAGUUUUAUUUUAGUUUUUUUUUUAUUGGUUUUGUUUUAGAGUGCAUGGAGCUAAAGUAUUGGCCCUAAAGAAAAUCCUCCGAAGGAAGAUUUGGAGGAGAUGUUAAUGUAGCAAAUAUAUAUGUAUGUGGUGUGAAGUUGCACCAAAAAAGAUAUGUAUUAAUUAGCUGUCUUUUGUUUU